CUAAGCAAUCCCAAGCCCUCGUUAAAUCUCCAUAAUCACGCAACUUCCUCUAGCCGCCAUUAAUGGAAGAAGCCGAAGCAGUCAUGAAGAUCAUCGAUAGAUGCUGGUUCGAGCUCGAGAUCUUCAAGAAACGACCAGACACAUCGCCUUCUUCAACCUCCGGAUCCAAUCCGGGCCAGGAAAGCAUCGAAAUACCCGAAAACGAGAGCCCCUGUAUUCAUAUUUCUCGGAUUCCUUCAAUUCUCGUGAGGUCCAUGAGCGAUCAAACGAGCUUAAUCCCAACAAGCUUCCAAUCAAGCUCUCUCUCUCCAGACUCGGUCCUUCGCACGACGCCCAUGCACAGCAUGAUCUAUGAAGAAGAGGUAAUCAAGGAAGAAGAAGAAGGUUUCAAUUCGAAGGACCGGAGAAGCUCGGAAUUCUCGCGCAGGAAGAAGGGCGAAAUGGGGAGGAGAGCCAAGAGCAGGGCCUUGAGCAAGAGCUUGUCGGAGCUCGAGUUCGAGGAGCUAAAAGGGUUCAUGGAUCUGGGGUUCGUCUUCUCGGAGGAAGACAAAGUCGACUCGAGCCUGGUCUCCAUCCUUCCUGGGCUACAGAGGCUGGGCAAGAAAAUUAAAGACGGCGAAGAUGCCAAUCAUCAUCAAGAAGAAGGUGACGAGAAUGCGAGUGUUGGUGAGUCUGCAGUUGUCGCGAGGCCAUAUCUGUCGGAGGCGUGGGAAUGGUGGGAGGAGAAGAGGAAGGAGGAUCCAUUGACGAACUGGAAGGUUCCUGCUCUUGGGAACGAGACCGACAUGAGGGAGAGUCUCAAAUGGUGGGCUCACACCGUUGCUUCAACUGUUGUUCGAUGACGGUUGUUUUCUGCUGUUGUUGCUAUUGGUUCAAUUUGGAAGUUUUGACAUUUCUUCCUUCUUCCCUAUUUUCUUCCUGUAAAAAGAUUCCUUGAUUUUGUUCAUGUACAUAUGAUACACACGAAUUACUUGUCAAUGAAAUUGGCGAUUCUCA